GUGCCCCGCCGGCGCGGCCCGGACGCCCGCCGCCUCCGACCCCCCCCGGCACGUGACCCGGGAGCCCGGCUCGUCACGUGACGCGGGGGCUGCUGCGGGCAGAUGGGUGGGAGGUGUCCCCGUUGUACUCCGCGGCUAUCCACCGGCACGUGACGCGCGACCAUCGCGACGGGGCCGCAGCUAGUGGCAUCACCGGCCUUUCCCGGUCGGACGGCUUCCUCCAGGAAGCCCGCCUGCAUUGAAAGAGACUACAAACGAUCUCGAGGGCACGCUGCAUGGCAGAAAACCGAGAGCCCCGCGGGGCCGUCGGGGCUGAGCUGGAUCCGGUGGAGUACACUCUUCGGAAGCGACUGCCUCACCGCCUGCCCCGGAGGCCCAAUGAUAUUUAUGUCAACAUGAAGACUGACUUUAAGGCCCAGCUGGCCCGCUGCCAAAAGCUGCUGGAUGGAGGGACACGGGGUCAGAACGCAUGCACUGAGAUCUACAUUCAUGGCUUGGGACUGGCCAUCAACCGCGCCAUCAACAUUGCCCUACAGCUGCAGGCAGGUAGCUUCGGGUCCUUGCAGGUGGCUGCCAAUACAUCCACAGUGGAGCUUGUCGAUGAGCUGGAACCAGAGACUGAUACGCGAGAACCACUGACCCGCAUCCGCAACAACUCUGCCAUCCACAUCCGAGUCUUCAGGGUCACACCCAAGUAACUGAAAUGAGACUGGCUUACUUUGUCCACCCACCCCCACACAGCUAGGCAGAGAUAUGACUCUCCUGGUACUGAGUACUGUCGUGGACCUCCUACCAGACCCACUUAAGAAAAAUCCUGUCGCCCACUUAAGAAAAGGGACUGAAUUGAGAGGGGGAGUAUAUCUCUUACUGGACCCAAGCAGCGGGUCUUCCUGAAUCUUUGUGGUCUGUAACCAUUGUCCUAGACAAUAAAAAGUAUCAGUUGUGUUAGUGCCCAGCCACCCCA